AUGAGGUUGUUUCUUCUGUAUGUCCAUAUUUUGCUCUUCAUUUUUCCAUCCUUCUCAACUUCUUCUUCUAAUUUUUUAUGUAAUCCUCAAGAUAGCAAUGCCUUGAUUCAAUUUAAGUCCUCUUUCACUACAUAUACAAACUAUGCUUGUCAGGAACAACCUCAGAAAACUGCAACAUGGAAAAAUGGGACAAAUUGUUGUUCAUGGCAUGGUGUCACCUGUGAUACUGUCUCUGGUCAUGUGAUUGGUCUCAACCUUGGCUGUGAAAGUCUUCAAGGUAAUAUUUAUUCUAAUAGUACCCUUUUUCAUCUUUCUCACCUACAAUCACUCAACCUUUCUUACAAUGAUUUCUUUGGCACUCAUUUUCAUUCGAAGUUUGGUGGGUUUCGGAAUCUCACACAUCUUGACUUGUCUUCAUGUAACUUUCAAGGUGAAGUUCCUCCUCAAAUCUCACACCUUUCCAAAUUAACAUCACUUCAUCUUUCUGGAAAUGAUCAGUUAAGUUGGAAAGAAAGUACUUUGAAAAGCCUUGUGCAAAAUGCAACAGUUUUAGAAGAAUUAUAUUUGGAUGAAACAGAUAUGUCUUCAAUCGAUCCAAACUCGUUGAAUUUGAUCUUCAAUCAAUCUUCCUCUUUGACUAGUCUUAAUCUUCAAAGAUCAGGAUUAAGUGGAAAUUGGAAAAACAACAUUCUUUGUUUACCAAGUAUUCAAGAUUUAGAUAUGUCAAUAAAUGAUCUUGAAGGCCAACUUCCAGAUUUGAGUUGUAGCACUUCUCUUAGAAUCUUGGAUCUUUCAUAUUGUUUGUUCAAAGGGCCAAUUCCUCUAUCUUUCUCUAAUCUCACAUAUCUUACAUCCUUAAGUCUCAUUGAGAACAAGCUUAAUGGUUCAAUCCCAUCAUCACUUUUAACCCUUCCACAUCUAACUUUUUUGUCUCUCAAAGAUAAUUUGUUCAUAAGUGGUCAAAUCCCAAAUGUAUUUCCCAAAUCAAAUAGAUUUCAACAAUUAGAUUUGAGUGGUAACAAAAUUGGAGGUGAGUUGCCAAAAUCACUUUCAAACCUUCAACAUCUUAUCAAUUUAGACCUUUCAUCUAAUUCGUUUAGUGGUCAAAUUCCGGAUGUGUUUGACGGACUAACCAAAUUACAAGAACUCCGUCUAGGUUAUAAUAGAUUAGAAGGCCAAAUUCCACCUUCAUUGUUUAGCUUGUCUCAACUUAAUUACUUAGAUUUUUCUUAUAAUAAAUUGAAGGGUCCUCUACCCGACGAAAUAUCAGGGUUCCAAAACUUAGGUUAUUUAUUUUUGAGUAACAACUUACUAAAUGGAAAAUUUCCUUCAUGGUGUUUAUCUUUACCAUCUUUGGGAAUGCUGGAUUUAUCAAAUAAUCAAUUUACAGGAAAUAUAAGUGUCAUUUCAUCAUAUUCUUUGUAUUAUCUAAAACUAUGCAGCAACAAACUACAAGGCGAUAUUCCAGAAUCUAUUUUCAACCUUGUAAACCUAACGACACUAUGUCUAUCAUCAAACAACUUGAGUGGUUUUGUCAAUUUUCAACACUUUUCCAAACUUCAAAAGUUGGAUACUUUGUCUCUUUCACGUAAUAGUCAAUUAUCACUAAACUUUGAAUCCAAUGUCAAUUACAACUUUUCUAUCCUAUCAACAUUGGAACUGUCGUCUGUUGGUUUGAUCGGAUUUUCAAAAUUAUCAUCAGGAAAAUUCCCUGGUUUGAGAUAUCUUGAUUUGUCCAAUAACAAACUUUUUGGCAGAUUGCCUAACUGGUUGCUUGGCAUAGAUUCAUUACAAUAUUUGGGCCUCUCUUAUAACAUGUUCACAUCAAUGGACCAAUUCACAAGGAAUCAGUGGCAAAACCUACAGGGCAUUGAUCUUAGUUUUAACUUACUAGCUGGUGACAUAUCUUUGUCAAUUUGCAAUAAAAGUUCACUUCAAUUGCUCAACUUGGCACACAACAACUUGACAGGUAUGAUUCCACAAUGUCUUGCUAAUUUAUCAUCCCUUCAAGUUUUGGAUCUACAAACGAACAAAUUUUAUGGCACUAUUCCAAGUAACUUUUCAAAGUACUGCGACCUUCGUACUCUGAAUCUCAAUGGCAACCUAUUAGAAGGAAACUUGCCUAAAUCUUUGUCGAACUGUGAAAACCUGGAGGCUUUAAAUAUUGGCAGCAACAAAUUAGAAGACCAUUUUCCAAACUGGAUCCAAACAAUGCAAUAUUUGGAAGUAUUGGUUUUGCGAGAGAAUAAGUUGUAUGGUCCCAUUGCAAAUAUAAAUAUCAAGCAUCCAUUUCCUAGUUUAAUUAUUUUAGAUAUUUCAAGCAAUAACUUCAGUGGCCCUUUACCAAAAUCCCACAUACAAAAUUUUGAUGCCAUGAAAAAUGUUAUUCAAGUUGGACAGGAUAGUAGCAUGCAAUACCUGGAAAGGAUGGAAGUAGGUGACAUGACAUACUAUGAUUCUGUGACUAUGACAGUGAAAGGAAACAGCAUUGUAAUGGUGAAAAUUUCAUUAGCCUUUGCGAACAUUGAUCUAUCUCAAAACAAGUUUGAAGGAGAGAUUCCAAGUUUUAUUGGAGAGCUUCAAGCACUCAGAGGGCUUAACAUUUCCCAUAACAGACUCACCGGUCCUAUUCCCAAAUCCAUAGGAAACUUGUCAAGCAUGGAAUCAUUGGAUCUUUCCUCAAAUACACUCACUGGUGUGAUUCCUUCAGAAUUAAUCAAUCUGAACGGUCUUGGAGUAUUGAAUCUUUCCUAUAACCAUCUAAUUGGAGAAAUACCUCAGGGAAAGCAGUUCAAUACAUUUUCAAAUGACUCCUAUGAAGGAAACUUGGGGUUGUGUGGAUUUCCCUUGUCAAAGAAAUGUGGACCUGAGCAACAUUCUCCACCUUCAGCCAACACCUUAGUGAGUGACGAGAAAUUUGGAUUUGGAUGGAAACCAGUGGCUAUUGGAUAUGGAUGUGGAACGGUGUUUGGAAUAGGCCUUGGAUAUUGUGUGUUGUUAAUCGGAAAGCCUAGAUGGCUUGUGAUGAUGGUUGGAGGUCAGCCCAAGCAAAAAGUGACAACGAGGACAAGAGUGAGGAGAACUAACGGUUCAACCAGGAAUUAGAUGGUGCAAAUGUGGUAGUUUUCUUGAUGUGAUUACUUUCUCUUCUUUGUUAGUUUUAUUGAUUUUUCCUGAAGACAUGUAUAGUGAAUGUACUAUGCAUUAUUCAGGCAGUGUUAUUAAUAAAUAAAAGUGUAACAAAUGCAGAAAACUUAGUGUGUUCUUCUAUCUAAGAUAUAGUCACUACUCCAUUUAAUAUUUUACGAAACUCAGUGUAACAAAUGCAGAAAACUAAUAAAUAAUGUAUGUUACACUCUAAAUAUUAAGAUAGAAAAA